CAUCAUUUCACCCACAAGAGCCACACAAGCCACACAAGUCACCCCUGUGUGAAGGUGUUCCGAUUCAAAUAAAUCCGUAGUAACAACUCUGUCCGCGCUGGUAUCUUCUCGUCCAGUCUCGCUCGCGGCGCAUAUCCCUCUUCAUAUCAUAGUCAAGCAUGGGCCAGUCACACUCAAAACAUAACACCGGCAAGGCACUGGCACCCGAAACGCACUUCACACACAACGAGUUCCAGCGAUUAAAAUACCAGUUUGAAAAGAACGCAGACGAGGAUUUCACCAUCACCAAGGAUCUAUUUCGACAUAUCCUGGAAAACCAUGUCCAUUGCUGGUCCGUCGGCGCACAAUACCUGUUUCUGGAACGGCUGUUUGAUGCCUUUGAUCUGGACGGGAACAAAAAGAUUGACUUUCGAGAAUUCAUCAAGGGUCUGAGCGUCUUCUUGAAGGGUACCCCACAGGAAAAGCUCGAACUGUCAUUCAGGAUCUACGAUCUGGACAAGAGCGGCACGAUCGAGCCCAAGGAGCUGAUCAAGGUCAUGGGCCAGAUGUACUCGGCAUUUUACAACGAGGACCAAACCAGACGGAUCCAGGACACUGUCAACCAGCUCUUCAAUGACCUGGACAUCAACAACGACGGGUCUUUGUCACUCACAGAGUUCAAGCUGAUGGCGCUAAAAGAGCCCAUGAUCGUCGAUUUCCUCGAGCAGUUCCUCAUCACCACAAGCGAAUAGGCGCAAUACAGCAUUGCCAUCGCGCACGUAUGCUCCAGUCCAGCCUGAAUGCGAGAACUGGAUGCGGUGUCACGCAGCGGGAUGCAGCAAAUGAUCAGCCAAGUCCAGACGAUGGCUUGGGCACGGU